UUCUCCCCCCUCUUUCUCUUCCUCUUAUUCCUGUCUCUCAUCAGCGCUAGGUCGACUCUCACUACUCUCUCAGCCACACCUUCGUCUUUGGAGGUUGGCUUCUUCUUCCUCCUCCAUUCACAACCUCUCUCUUUAAUCCAAGUUUUUGAAAAAGAUGGCUGAUGCUGAGGAUAUUCAGCCACUUGUUUGUGACAAUGGAACUGGAAUGGUGAAGGCCGGUUUUGCUGGUGAUGAUGCUCCGAGGGCAGUUUUCCCAAGUAUUGUUGGUCGUCCCCGACAUACUGGUGUCAUGGUUGGUAUGGGCCAAAAAGAUGCCUAUGUUGGGGAUGAAGCUCAGUCUAAAAGAGGUAUCCUUACCUUGAAAUAUCCCAUUGAACAUGGUAUUGUCAGUAACUGGGAUGACAUGGAGAAGAUUUGGCAUCACACGUUCUACAAUGAGCUUCGUGUUGCUCCUGAAGAGCACCCCGUGCUUCUGACUGAGGCUCCACUCAACCCAAAGGCUAACAGAGAAAAGAUGACUCAAAUCAUGUUUGAGACAUUCAAUGUGCCUGCCAUGUACGUUGCCAUCCAGGCCGUUCUAUCACUCUAUGCUAGUGGACGUACAACUGGUAUCGUGCUGGAUUCUGGUGAUGGUGUGAGUCACACCGUUCCCAUCUAUGAGGGUUAUGCUCUCCCUCAUGCCAUUCUCCGUUUGGACCUUGCUGGUCGUGAUCUCACUGAUGCACUAAUGAAGAUCCUCACUGAAAGAGGUUACAUGUUUACCACUACUGCCGAACGGGAAAUUGUCCGUGACAUGAAGGAGAAGUUGGCAUAUGUUGCUCUUGACUACGAACAAGAACUCGAGACUGCAAAGAGCAGUUCCUCAAUUGAGAAGAACUACGAACUGCCUGAUGGACAAGUCAUCACCAUUGGAGCUGAGAGAUUCCGUUGCCCAGAAGUCCUAUUCCAGCCAUCUCUCAUCGGUAUGGAAGCUGCAGGAAUCCACGAAACUACCUACAACUCCAUCAUGAAGUGUGAUGUCGAUAUCAGAAAGGACCUUUAUGGAAACAUCGUCCUCAGUGGUGGUUCAACCAUGUUCCCUGGUAUUGCUGACAGGAUGAGCAAGGAAAUCACAGCCCUUGCUCCCAGCAGCAUGAAGAUUAAGGUCGUUGCCCCACCAGAAAGGAAAUACAGUGUCUGGAUUGGAGGGUCUAUUCUUGCAUCUCUAAGCACCUUCCAGCAGAUGUGGAUUUCAAAGGGUGAAUACGACGAGUCGGGUCCAUCCAUUGUCCACAGGAAGUGCUUCUAAGCACGUCAAUCUCUUUGAUGAGACGACGACGACGACGACGACGAAGACGGUGAGUUAUUUCCCUUUAGUUGGCUUUUUUGUGUCAUGUAAUGUUGAACUGAGAUUGGUUGGCGUCAAAGGAGGAAGGGGGGGUCUAUUGAAUUGAAGGAACUGUGUUGGAUUUGUUAUAUCUGAAAGCAUUUGAUCCACUACUAUGAUUCUCCAUUGAUACGGUGGCCUUGUUGUUGGAAGCUCACAAUUGCUGGUGACCCUCCAGGUUUGGGGCCAUUAAAAGAUAUAUUCUGUUCUGUUC